GGGGGGGGCGGGGCUUGAUCUUUGUGAGUACGUAGACAAGAGAGAGCCGCUGCCAGACCGACAGGAAACAUCUGAGAGACGCUCAAACUCUCCUCAAACUGACCAACCAGCGAAAUAAAUCUGAUAAAAACCCUCCAGAGAAGAAGACAAGAUGGUGGCCAAACAGAGGAUCCGCAUGGCGAACGAGAAGCACAGCAAGAACAUCACUCAGCGGGGGAACGUGGCCAAGUCAACGAGGAACGUGAUGGAGGAGAAAGGCGUCGGUCCCUGGCUGCUCGCGCUCUUCAUCUUCGUCGUCUGUGGAUCAGCCAUCUUCCAGAUCAUCCAGAGCAUCAGGAUGGGCAUGUAGUGAUGUCACCAGCAGGGGGCGGGGCUACCACAGCGAGUGGCUGCAGCACACCGACGUGUUCCCGCCCCCAAACUGAACCAACCAAAACAUUCCUGAACUUUGACCUCUGCCAGCUGACAUUCCCGACCAGAAACGACCCCCCCCCCCCCUCAGCGUUUAUUCCUUUAUCUGUGUUGAUUUAAUGUGUCGCCGCCCGCUGACCUUCUCACAGUUUCUGCCUGUAAACAAGCCAUACGUGUCGGCUCGGCCUUGUGCCUUUCUCUGUUCACCUGCCGUGCCUAAACCCCGCCCCCACCGAUUACACCUUAUCAGUAUACACAGGAGAGGAGGAGGAGGAGGAGGAGGGGGGGGCGGGGGGGGCUCAUAGUCCAACCUGCUCCUGUAAACAGCUCCAGUGUUCCCAAACUGAUUUUCUUGGUUUUCUAAAUAUCUGAUGAGUCUUUACUGGCUUCACAUUCCUGAUGUGAGUCUGUCCGCCGCUGUGGAGAUGAGAUGAGAUGAGAUGAGAUGAGAUGAGAUGAGAUGAGAUGAAGGUCUUUUGAAUCAGAAGGUUUGCAGGUGCUGACAGGUGUGUCUGCACUGUGUGCAGCGUCGCCUGAAGAAUCGUGUUCACAUAAUAAAGUUUCAUUUUGAAGAUGGA